GGGCCUGCGGGGACUACAACCCCCAUCGCUCCCCAUCCUCCUACGCUGCGGAUGAUGGGAACUGCAGUUUGGAAGCCCUGGGGAGGCGGGGCCUCCCUGAGUGGGGCCAAACAGGGAGUUUGUCAGCUGCCAUUCAGUUCUUAACAUUGAUGAGUGAAUCUGGCUUCCCCAUUGACUUUGCUUGCCAGAAGGUCGCAAAACGGGAUCGCUUGACCCCUGGGACACUGCGACGGUCACAGUCGCCCGGCUAUGUCUUCCCCCGAAAUUGCCUCCCUCUCAUGGGGACGGAUGACGGUGAGAGGCUGCCCCACAACCUAUAAGGACUGUAAAGUAUGGCCCGGUGGGAGCCGAACUUGGGACUGGAGAGAAACAGGGACGGACCACAUCCCUGGAGUUCAGCCAGCCGACGUCAAAGAAGUUCUGGAAAAGGGUGUCAAGACCUUAGUGAUCGGUCGUGGCAUGAGCGAGGCCUUGCAGGUACCGCCAGCCACAGUGGAGUACCUGAAGAAGCAGGGGAUCGACGUGAAGGUCUUGCAAACGGAGAUGGCUGUGAAGGAAUAUAACACUUUGGCUUCCCAGGGAGUCCGAGUGGGCGGAGUCUUCCAUUCUACCUGCUAAACGGAGCCCUUCCUCCGUCUUCCACCUGGUUCCUUCGGGGGAAGUUCAAAGCAACAUUUCACCCCCCCCCCAUGCUGUGCCAAC